AUGACCACUCCAUCGCAGAUCAUUGCCGACUUCCUCUUGAAACAGCGCAACACCUCUAAUGCAACUACCCAGCAAACACCGGCCAAACUGAUGUUGGGAAGAAACCUGUGCACACGUUUAGAUUUGUUGUCGCCAUACAGACCAGCAUCUCCUAAGACGACACCUGCACUAUCACAGCCGUCACGAUGCUUCACCAUUGGCCACAAGGUAUGGUAUCGAGACUUCAGCGUCUCUGGGGGGAAGUGGUCUCCAGGGUGCGUAACAACAAAGAUCGGGAAUGUGAUGUACGAAGUACAGCCAGACAAGUUCCCCCAACAACACGUUCGACGUCAUGCAGACCAGCUCUGCGAAAGAACCGCACCUCCUUAUCAAGAUAGCAUGUCUCACCGAGAUCACCAGCUACUUCCGAUGACCACGCCAGCAGCUGAGCCACUCAGCUGCACAGAGGAAGAUGGCGACGCUACAGAAACAUUAAAUCCCCCUCAAACAACAAGACAGCAAAAUCCACCGACGAUCAGUGAGGAAGUUCCCGAGGAUGCGGGAGAGCCGGACAUGCCUAGGAGGUCGUCACGCGCGAACAAGGGCGUAGCGCCAGACAGGCUGAACUUAUAA